AUGGGCUGGCUGUUGGCAACCAUUUUGUCUUUGCUUUUCUUCGUCUUAUUUCUCUUUCCAGUGACGGCGAAAGACACUGUGCGGGGGAAGAUAGAUCGUGCCAGAAGGAUUGCCGAUCUAUCGUCGAGAAAUCUCGUCGACAGACUCCGAGCACGAGCAGGACCCAACACUCGCUUGGUGCAAGCCUUUGGUGUCAACAACAGUUUCACAACAGUGGAUGAGAGCAUUCAUCGGCAGUUUCUUAGACGAGCACUCGAAAUCAUCAAGAGUGCCAAUGCAAAGAGAUGGGUGGAAGCCCAACACUUGGCUAGUGAGACUGCGGCUGCACUUUGUUGCGCUGAUGGUAACGUCGGCGGGCUUAACAUUGAGCAUAUCUGUCGCGUCAUGUGCUUUGUUACAGCCCUGGGGCUCAUUUUCCCGACUACACGGCAGACUACCUUUGAUUAUGAGAGAUUGAACUGGAUCACCCAGACCAUCAAUGAUCUUUGGGUUCAGUCUAAGAGCAAGGGCCCUCAGAACGAUAGACUGUUGUCAAAAUUGCGAGAUGAAUUGCAAUCUUUGCUUCCAGAAGAGCGGGACGACCCUUUGGCCCUGAUCCUCCCAGCAUAUGAGACGCUUUGGCGGGUGGUCCUGUUGACCUAUGUUCACGUCGCGUUUCGGCACAUCGACGGAGACACAAAGGUCAUGCUUCAAGAAAUUCUGAAGAGGUUCCAUGACCCCGAACAGGUGGAAUUCGAUAGCCGCAUGGUCAGAUUCUCUCAAGAAGCCCUUAGACUCUACCCUCCGACCAAGCGUAUUUACCGCGCCUCGUGGUUUGGUGCAGUGGCGGCAGAUGUUGAGUCACUCCACCAUGGCGAGAACAUCUGGGGACCAGAUGCUCUAGAGUUUCGACCAAGCCGUUUUGAAGCGCUCACCCGGAAUCAGAAAGAUGCUUUCAUGCCUUUCGGCAUCGGCAGACAUGCGUGCCCAGCUAGCAACAGCUUUGCUGGAAAGCUGAUUGGCAUCCUGGUCGUAACGCUAAUUAAGCAGCUGGGGACAGCUGAGUCGGGCACCAAGAUCAAAUUCGACGACGAAGAAUUGGAUGACGAAUGCCAUGUGAUGGCCCCGUUGCCUACUGGGAGGUCUGUAACGAAGAACUGGGUUGUCUACCCAAAUCCCGAAUCCUGA